CUUUCAGGCCUACCUCCUUGAAGGGUUGGUUGGGUGGAAUGAGGACCUUGCUGAAGCUGCAGCGGGGGGGCAGAAGCAGACCCUGCACUGCUAUGAUGGUGUAGCUCAGCACGCCAUCAAUGAGCUGAGCCAGAAGCUCCUGGGCUGCAGUCUUGUGAAGGAUCACACAAGGCCUGCAAAGUACACUGGGGAACUCAUUGGGGUCGAGUAUCUCUUCUCCCAGACCCAUGGUGACCAGAUUCCAACCUCGGUAAGGACCCAGAUGGGACACCUGAUCUAUGAGGGAGGAUGACCAGAGAGCUUGAGGAUGACCCCACCAUGUCCUUGCCCGACCUCGAUGACCGUCUCCCACCAGUCCCUCCACUCAGGAAGGCCACUCAACCCAACCCAUCCCAGGUACCUGUCGUCACACCCCCUGAUGACACUGCACCAGCUGCCAGUCGGGACCCGGAGGAUGAUGAGAACAUAGGACCUGAUGGAGUUAGUGGAUACCAGCACGUGGUCCUCCUGGCCACUAGUCUGCCACCUCCACCCAGUCUGUCUUCCACCUCCCUCCCUAUAACGCCAGUCUCCCAAGACCUGCCCUCGACCUCCACUCCUCUUCCCCCUCCUGCUGGUGGACCAAAGGUCUCCAGAACCACCGAAUGGAGGAGGAGGAAGAAGCUGGAGUCUGGCAUUAAAGUCAGAGUUCACAAGCCAUAUGAAGGCUAUAAGUGCUCUAAAUGUGGCAAGCCUAAAACUUCUGAGUUUGGACACAGCAUGUAUGGUUCUGUGAGAUUCUGUGCCGCUACCUCUGGUGGCCAAACUGUGGAGUGGCUGGCACUCAUGAGGACCCAGCAUGGUGCUAUAGCCAAGGCCAGUAAACUCUGACUGACUGGUGUGUACAUUGUAAAGUAGUUUUUGUAAAUAUGUUCUUUGUUUUAUUUACGACAUUCAUUGUUAAUCUCUUGUACAUUUAGCUCAUUUAAAAUCAUCUUAACUUGUACAGUCGGUGUAGGGGACAUUAUGCUGGGUUGCUUCACACAUGACAUUCCCUGUGAAAUAAAUAAAUGGAAUACAA